ACCAGAAAGAGAACACCGCAGAGAUCUAGUAGAUCAGUAGAGCAGAGAAUUGGAAAAAGGGGGAAGAGAUGGAUGAUGAGAUCAACAACUUCAUUAAGGUAUGGAUAUCAGCACUUGCAUCUCUAUUUUACUGUUACUCAAUAGCAGGAAAGUUUCCAAAAGGUGUUAUCAGACUCCUAUCUCUCCUCCCUGUCCUCUGUCUCUUCACAAUCCUUCCGUUGAAUCUCUCGUCCUUCCAUCUUGGAGCUCCCACAGCUUUCUACCUCGCUUGGCUUGGUAACUUUAAGCUUCUCCUCUUCUCCUUGGAUCAAGGUCCUCUAUCAUCCCGCCCAGCAAAAUCACUCCUAGGCUUCGUCUCAAUUGCUUCUCUUCCUAUCAAAGUCAAACCAGAUCCAUCUCUCGGUAAGUCACAUCAAAAUUCAGGGAAGUCUCUACAGUCCAGAGCAGAAGAAAGCCCAUCCCCCUGUGGAUCACAUCUAAAAUUAGCUGUAGAAUGCCUUGUUUCCGCGGUGCUGAUAAAAAUUAUCUACGAUUACAAACAACAGAUACAUCCAAGCAUCUUCCUAUGUAUGUACUGUUGCAACCUUUUCCUUGGCUUAGAAAUCACUCUGGCCAUGGGUGCGGCCGUCGCUCGAGCCCUACUCGGCCUAGACCUCGAGCCACAGUUCAACGAGCCGUACCUCACAACCUCUCUGCAAGAUUUCUGGGGGAGGAGGUGGAAUCUCAUGGUUUCAAGUAUUCUGCGACCAACUGUAUACGACCCAGUACGGCGUAUCUCAGCUCCUGUGUUUGGGACGAGAUGGGCGCCGCUGCCGGCCGUGGUGGCUGCCUUUACGGUGUCGGGGCUCAUGCACGAGCUCAUCUACUAUUACCUCACGCGUGUGGAUCCCACGUGGGAGGUGACGUGGUUCUUCGUCUUCCAAGGGCUCUGUGUGGCGACGGAGGUGGCGGUGAAAAAAUGGGUAAAUGGGAGGUGGAAAUUGCAGCGUCAGGUUUCGGGGCCAUUGACUCUGUCAUUUAUAGCGGCUACCGGUGCUCGGCUGUUCUUCCCACAGUUGUUGUGGAAUGGUGUGGACGAAAGGGCAAUCGGGGAAUAUGCUAUUGUGGUCAAGUUUCUGAGGAACAGACUGAGACCCAUUUUUUAACUCCAUGUAAAAUAUUUGUUUAUUCAUUUUAUG